UACUGAUCCAGAUCUCGGUCUGAGGUCGCACCGAUCUCCGGUCAUUAGGAGGCUGCAGCUCUCCGCGUGCGGACCGUGAGCUGCUGCUGCUGCACCGAAGACCAGCACCGGGAACCGGGGACCGGGAGGAGACGGAAUGCAUCGGAAGGACUCCGACCGACUGAAAGUUUGUUGUUCGCCGUUUACCGACAUGGAGCCGCAGAGGAAGAGACAGUCGGUAAGAACGGAGGCGGCGGAGAGUCGGUGAAUGUCCGGGGAGCACCGGAGGAUGACACCCGCAGCCCGGCGGCAUCUUUAACGGACUCUCUGCGCUCCUGGAACUCCGUUCAUCUGCGGCACAAACACAGAACCGGACCGUGGAAGAUCUCCGGUCCUCCGCCCCCCUCCUGCUGCCUUCCUCAUCAUGUUUUCCUGCUGAGUCUCUGCAUCUUGUGGAUAUUAUUAAUACCAGACUCGGUGGGUAUAAUCUGUGGAGCUCAUCAUGGGGACCGUCCUGUCACUGUCCCCCAGCUCCCGUAAGUCUGGCUACUACGACCACCGGCCCGGCUCGCUCAGCCACUACCCCAGCCUCAGCAGCCGCUCGCUCAACAGCCAGAAGGACCGCGGCCUGAAGAGAGGACAGUCCAUCUUCCUGCCGGCGCUCACCUGGAAGCGACUGGUGGCUUCAACUAAGAAAAAGGGCAACUCCAAGAAGGUUCCCGGCGGUCCGGUGGCCCUCGGAGAUCCUCUGAACAACAACAACAUCAACAUCUACCAGAAGGACCCGGUGCUGCACCUCAACCGAGAGAAUGUGAAGAAGUCACUGUCAUGUGCCAACCUGUCCAGCUACGAGGGCCCAGCGGGACUGGGUCUGGGUCUGGGCUACAGGCUGGGGAUGGGUCAGGGCCACGGCUUCGGCUACAGCAAGUCCCAGCAGCUGUCCUCGGUGAAGAAGGUUCCUCAGGGGACGGUGAGCUCGUCUCCGAAGAGGGUGAUCGUCCAGGCGUCCACCAGCGAGCUGCUGCGCUGUCUGGGGGAGUUCCUGUGCUGCCGCUGCUACCGCCUGAAGCACCUGUCCCCGGCCGACCCGGUGCUGUGGCUGCGGGCCGUGGACCGAUCGCUGCUGCUGCAGGGCUGGCAGGACCAGGCCUUCGUCACACCGGCCAACGUGGUCUUCGUCUACAUGCUGUGCCGAGACGUGGUGGACGGAGACCUGGUGGCGUCGGAGCACGAGCUGCAGGCCAUCCUGCUCACCUGUCUCUACCUGUCCUACUCCUACAUGGGCAACGAGAUCUCGUACCCGCUCAAGCCCUUCCUGGUGGAGGCUGGUAAGGAGGCCUUCUGGGACCGCUGCCUCGCCAUCAUCGAUGGCACCAGCGCCAAGAUGCUGCGGAUCAACGCCGACCCACACUUUUUCACUCAAGUGUUCGCCGAGCUGAAGAGCGAAGGCGGCUGCGGGCCUCAGGACUACAGCCGGGUUCUGGACCGGUGAGAGCAGCUCCAGGUCCUGGACGCAUGCCUUUUUCUAACCCAAACUCUUAUCUGUCUCGUACGGAAUCCCCUCGUCCUGCUGUGAGGACUGAUAUGGAAAGACUUCUGGAGACUUAUUUAAUCAUCCCAUCUGUGUUUGUUGCCAUCGUCCCUCCAGCUGCAGAAAGGUCGGCUAAAGGUCGACUCACACUUUCUGACAGACCGGUUGGAACUUUAAAAGGAUUUUAUUCAUACUAUAUUACGGUUCCUCAUGUUGAACAAAGAAAAACCCAUGAAGCAAAUUGUGGACAGACCAAGCACGAGAUUUCUGGAGAUUUUAGCAUUUUAAACUGUGUUUGUUGCCGUCGUUCCUCCACCCACAAAAAGGUUGGCUAAAGAUCAAUUCAUGCUUUUGGCAUCCAUAUGCACAGAUUAGUGUAGACUUUGAAAAGGACUUUUGACACAAAAGAACACACAGCACGGGAUUUCUGGAGAUUUCAGAGCUUAGCACAGUAUUUGUUGCCAUUGUUCCUUCACUCCACAAAGAUUAAUUAAACGGUUAGUUUUCAUAUCUGUGAGUGCAGACCAAUGCAGUAGUUAACUGUGGUCAGACAUAGCACGAGAUUUCUGGAGAUCUUAGUGUUUUCAGCUUUGAUUGCUGCCAUCAUCCCUCCAUCCACAGAUAGGUUGGCUAAAGUUCAAAUCAUGCUUUUUAUACCUACGUGCACAGACCAUUUCAGUGAUUCUAUUCUUUCUACAGUAGGUCUCCUUAUAUUCAACACAGGAAAACGUGAAGCAAAUUGUGGGCGGACAUAACACGAGAUUUCUGGAGAUUUCAGAGCUUAGCACAGUAUUUGUUUCCAUUUAAUCCACAAAGAUUGGCUAAAGGUUAAUUAAUAGUUUUCAUAUCUGUGUGUGCACAUCAAUGCAGGCUUUGAAAGUAGUUAUUUUUGUGCAGACAUAGCACAAGAUUUCUGGAGAUUUCGGAGCUUCUCACUGUGUUUGCUGCCAUCAUCCCUCCAUCCACAGAUAGGUUCAGUUCAUGCUUUUCAUGUCCAUGUGCACAGAUUAGUGUAGACUUUGAAAAUGACUGCAUUUAUACCACAAUAGGUUCCUUCAUAGUGACACAAAAACCACAAGAUUUCUGGAGCUUUUUGAGCUUAGCACCGUGUUUGUUGCCAUCGUCCCGCUGUCCACAAAGAUUGGCUAAAGGUUAAUUAAUAGUUUUCAUAUCUGCAGGUUUUGAAAGUAGUUAACUGUGUGUGGACAAAGCACGAGAUUUCUGGAGAUUUCAGAGCUUCUCACUGUGUUUGGGCUCCGUUGAUAGAAAGCAUGUCAAAAUUUAAACACCUCUAAAGUCCAGCUGCAACUACUUUAACCCUCCUGUUGUCUUCAUUUACGGGCACCAAAAAAUAUUGUUUCCUUGUCUGAAAAAAUUCCAAAAAUUCAGCAAAAAAAUUCCCCAAAUUUCUGAAAAUUUGCAAAACCUUCAGGAAGAAAAUUACAAUAAUUCCUUAAAAGUUUCCCUUAAAAGGUUUAUCCAAAAAUCCCCCAAAUUUGGCAAGAAAAUUCUUGUAAAUAUUUUCAAAAAAUUAGUAAAAAUCUUCCAAAAAAAUCCUAAAAAUAUCUAAAGUGAUUCCAUAUAUAUCAGGGAAAUUUCUAAUAUUUUCUUUAAGCACAUUCACAUAAAAAUCAGCCAAAAUCCAGCAAAAUUUGCUGGAUUUUGGUUGAUUUUUUUCUUGAAUGUUCUUAAGAAACAUUUUUAAACAUUUCUUUUUUUCCACCAUAAAAUGUUCAAAGAUUUCCCAAAAAUGUUGAAAAUGUGGACAUCAGAAGUUUCACUGUGAAAAUAUUUUUUUCCCACAUUUUCAAACUUUAAAACGGGUCAGUUUUGACCUGCAGGACGACACGAGGGUUAAUUAGAACUCUUUAAAUGACGACCCAUGAAGGUGUGAAUAUCUGAGAAUCUCCUCGUGAGUCUCUUUGUUUUGACAUCGUUUGUUUUCUUGGACGUCCACGGAGGGGGUUGUGGAUUUGGUUUUUUGUCACAUGGAUGCAGAAAGCAUGAGCUGUUCUUAGCAGGGGUUGUUUUUGUGACCAGUUUGCUCUAACUGGGAACCAUUUGGUCCACCUGUCCCAGUGACUGGUCCCAGUGGUCCCAGCUGCUCCUCUGCAUCUGACAGACAGAAAUCCCAGCAGCCUCUUUCUUGUCUGGAUGGGAUUAAGCAUUGACUCUAAACAUGAAGCUGUAUUUCUCUGGAUGUUGAGGUGUGACUGAUGGGAACAGCUGACGGUUCAGUCCUGCUGUGUUUUCAGACCAGCUGCUGCUUUUUGUCUUCACCUGCCAGAGUGUUUAUUUAAUCUGGAGGUAGAACCUGGUCCUGGUCUCCUCUGGUGGACGUCUGCCAGGUCAUCAGCUGUUUACUCCGUCCUUUGUUCGCUGCAUCUUGUUGACGGAGCGCCUUCAGUAUUAAUGAGAUUAGCAGAUUACUGCAGCUCCUCCCCUCUCCAACGUCUGCCCCGUCUAAUCCCGGCCGGACCGCGGCAGUAAACACACACAUGUGUACAAACACACGCGUGUGUACAAACACACGCGUGUGCGGCUCCUGGUCCGAGGAGGAAGCUGUGCAGGAUGGAUGCUGCUGCGGGUUUGUUGCCUCCGAGUCCUCGUCUGCUCUGUGGUGAAACUAUUCCCUGAAUGAAGCGUCGGCGUUUUACGCUCCAGCAGCUUUAAGCUCCACUGAGCUGAAAUGUUCAUGUUAAAGGUGGAUCACAGAUGAGCCCAAAGUUCAUCAGUGUGAGUUUUAUUAGUCAAAGCUUCUGGAUUUCAGCUCCAAAAGUUCAGUUUCAGGCUGCAGGAGGUCGCUUCAGUUUAUCAAACUAAGGUCAGAUUAUAAUGCAGACGCCUCAAACACAGUUUAACACAACAUUAGAGCCGCUGUCAGGCCAUUAAACCACUAAAAACUACCUGGAUUCUUGUAUUAUAGAUUAUAUUUUUCUUUUAUAGCUCGUCCCCGUUUAAAAUCAAACAGCUGUUUCUAUAAUGGAUUUUAUGCACAUUUUGAAGGAUUGCAUUAGAAAACUUCAUGUAAACACAAAAAUCUGACAGUUUUAUUUAUUUUUUUGCCAAAAUCCUAUUUUGCCAAAAAGUGUUUAUGCUUGCUGAAGCAAUUUUUGACUUUUAAAAACAACUUUUAGCCCCGUUUCACUACAUUUUUUGUAGUAUUUCAAUAGUUCGCUUCAACUUUGCUGCUUACUUAGAUGCAGAAGCAGCUGAUGUUGACGUCUUAUUGCUGGACACAGUUCACAAACUGUGCUAACAGUUAACAAACUCUAGACUUCAAAAAGGAAAAUUAGCCAAAAAAAAUGCACACAUUAGUGGAAAAUGAGUUUUUCUGCUGUUAUCUGAAGACCUUUUCUGGAUGCUGUUGGUUCAGGAUGCUGCUGUUGUGGCCAAACUGGGCGAGUUUAUGACAGAAAAAACUGUAAAAGCAGAAAUGUUGAUCAACUUUUCACCAUUACAGCAGUUUCUGGACUGAUAUUAGACGUGCAGUUCUAUCAAAAAACUUAACCAAAUGUGAUAUUUUAUUAAUAUCACUUUAUCCCACAUCACUCAAUUAAAAAUAUUGUAAAAAUUUAAUUAUUUUCUCUAACCAGAUUCCAUAAAAAAACUAAAAAUUCUGAGCUCCUUUGAGCAGCUGUGAAGCUAACAGAACUGAACCAUAUAGGACUUUACUUUAUGAUCAAAAUGACAGAAGUCUGACCAAAAAAGACAAAAACAAGAAAAAACAUUAUAAAAACAAGACACAAAACAAACAAGAAAGAGACAAAAAUUAGACAAAGAAGUUACAAAGCGACCAAAAAUGGACACAAGCAAGACAAAAAAAUGACAAAAAUGAGAAACAAUAUGACAAAAACAGUAGACAAACGACACAAGCAAGACCAAAAAAACACAAAACGACAAAAACAUUGCACAAAGCUACAAAUGAAGCGAAACGCAAAAUUACAAUAAGACUAAAAAUACAAGCGAGAUGCAAAAGAAACACAAAACGACAAAAACAUGAAACAAACGACAAAAAUCAGACCAAAAAAAGACCAAAAACCAACAAAAACAGGACAAAAUAUUACAAAAACGAGGCACAAAAUGACAAAAGAUGAGACAAACGACACAAAACAAAGAAAGAGACAAAAAAGUUUCAAAGAGCAAAAGAAAUGGACAAACGACACAAGGGGGACAAAAAGGAAAUACAAAAUGACAAAAACGAGGAACAAAAUGACAAAAGUCAGACAAAAAAUAAGAGAAAAACCAACAAAAACAAGACAAAAUAUUACAAAAAUGAGCAGCUGUGAAGCCAACAGUGACUCAGCUGCGACCGAGAAUCACGUGAUGAAAAUUCAGGGAGUUUUGGGGGAAACUAGUCCAGAAUAUAGUAGAAUAUUUAUGUUAUGUGGAGCUGCAGGGAGACAUUUCUGAGAUGUUCUGUUUCCAGAGAGCUGCAGGACUUUCUAAUGCAGAGAAAUAUGAACCACCAGAGAAGGUGCAGGAGUUCAGAGGAUUAAUGUGAUUGCGGCUGCGAUGUCCCUGCAGGUUUGUGUUCGAUGCGUCCCUCCAGAAGACGUGACCUUCAUGUGCUGCCGUACAUAUUCUCUCCUGAGCUAAUCCACUCUAAUCCUCAAUCAAACAGAGCGAACCGGCUCAGGAUGGAAACACGGAGGAAAAAUAAGCAAACGGUCGGGAAUCCGAUGACAUUUGGUGCAACACUUCGAUUAGCGCUCAGAUCCAACAAACCCGAGGCCUUUUCAUGUCCCCGAGCCUCCAUGAGCUCACAGCAGUGAUUCAUUCUGUCUCCGAGCGUCCAGCGUCUCAGCCGCUCGCCGUCUCUCCGGCUCGGCCUCGGCUCUGACAAGGACGCCUGUGUCUCGGCCGCCGCCUCCCUCCUCUUUCCCCGCAUUUCCACACACUCAGCUGUUGUUUGCUGCCCGCUUCAUUAGAUUUGACACCCCACACCCGGCAGCAUUGUCAGGCCGAGGGAGGGCAGAACAGGGCUGUUUGUUGGCACCGGGUUGGUCCAAUGUAGGUCAGAGUUAAGGGCAGCAUCUGCAGACCUGGACGUUAAUUCAAUCUGAAGACACGGGACACGACGUUCCACAUACCAGUUUAAAGUUUGUCCAGAAACUUGGUCAAAAAACAAACAUCUCCAAUCAGCUGGAUCUGUCCUCCUCCAGUGCUACAAGCCAAUUAACUGGCUUCUAAUGCUGCUCAUCCAGUCAGAGCUCUCGAAACCAACUAGAUGUUUAACCUUCCUGUUGUUCUCAUUUACGGGCACCAAAAAAUACUGUUUUCUUGUCUGAAAAAAUUCCAAAAAUUCAGCAAAAAAAUUCCCCAAAUUUUUGGAAAUUUGCGAAACUUUCAGGAAGAAAAUUCAAAUAAUUCUUUAAAAGUUUCCCUUGAAAGUUUUUUUUUUUUUUUUUAAAUCCCCAAAUUUGGCAAGAAAAUUCUUGUAAAUAUUUUUUAAAAAUGAGUAAAAAUCUUCCAAAAAAAUCCUAAAAAUAUCUAAAGUGAUUCCAUAUAUAUCAGUAAAACGUCUAAUAUUUUCUUUAAGAACAUUCACAAAAAAUCAACCAAAAUCCAGCGAAAUUCGCUGAUUUUGGUUAGUUUUUUUGUGAAUGUUCUUAAGAAACAUUUUUAGCAUUUCUUUUUUUCCCAACAAAAAAUGCUCAAAAAUUCCCCAAAAAUGUUGAAAAUGUGGACAUCAGAAGUUUCACUGUGAAAAUAUUUUUUUUCUUCACAUUUCCAAUCUUUAAAACGGGUCCAUUUUGACCCGCAGGACGACACGAGGGUUAAAAGAGGACGAACGUUUUUGCUCUCCGGACUGUCAAACCUUCAGGGAACGUUGUUUGUUGGCACCGGGUUGGUCCAAUGUAGGUCAGAGUUAAGGGCAGCAUCUGCAGACCUGGACGUUAAUUCAAUCUGAAGACACGGGACACGACGUUCCACAUACCAGGAGAAAACCUUUCCUCACGUUUGUUCAUUUAAAGUUUGUCCAGAAACUUGGUCAAAAAACAAACAUCUGUCCAAUCAGCUGGAUCUGUCCUCCUCCAGUGCUACAAGCCAAUUAACUGGCUUCUAAUGCUGCUCAUCCAGUCAGAGCUCUCGAAACUGACUAGAUGUUUAAAAGAGGACGAAUGUUUUUGCUCUCCGGACUGUCGAACCUUCAGGGAACAUUCUGAUAAAAGAUAAGUUUGGUGUUCUUCUGCUUUUCUUACUGUCAACUAGCGCCAUGAUUUAGACUCUACCAGACGUCCACCGCCCGUCUUCUGCUAAACCAUGAAUGUAUGUUUCAAUUCUAGGAAACCUCACAGAAAACCUCACAGGAAACACUGAGGGGACUAUUUCCAGCUGCGGAUGGAUACACAGUGGACAUUAGAAAUAAGGAAUCUGUGUUUUAACUGGUUUAACUGUUUUUUGUUGGCAAUAAGAAACAAACAGGAGCAUCGCCGCUUGUUUCCACGGCUCUGUGAGUUGUGUUAUUUCAGGAAGCUGCUGUCGGUCAGUGUGAGAUUUAAAAGACGCACCGCAGACUGACGAUGUAAAUAUGUGGGCGUCACAAAAAGACUGAAAACCAUCGGUGUCAAACUCAUUUUAUUUAGUCCAGGUUCCACAUCCAGUCCAGUCUGAUCACCAGUAAAACCAGUAAAACCACAGCAGAAUAACCUAGAAAUAACCACAACUCCUAAUGGUUCCUUUGUUUUAGUGCAGAAAUGCUCACAUUUAAGGAAUUAUCUCUUCACUAAACAUCAUGAACAACCUGAAAUGUCUCAGUUUAUCAUUUCCACAUUACAACUUCCAGAUCACACAGUAUCGACAAAGGAACACAACAUUUAGUCAUCUGGAACUGAACCAGAGAGGAUUUACUGGAGGAUCACAACCACAAAAGUCAGACAAAAAAGAAGAAAAACAAGACAAUAUAUUACAAAAAUGAGACACAAAACGACAAAAGAUGAGGCAAACAACACAAAACAAAACAAAAGCGAGACAAAAAAUUUGACAAAAAAGUUAGAAAGUGACAAAAAAAUGGACAAACGAGACAAAAAGGAAACACAAAACAACAAAAAACAAGAAAUCCCAACAAAAGCCAGACAAAAAAGGACAAAAAAACAAGAAAAACAGACAAAAUAUUAUAACAAUGAGACACAAAAUGACAAAAGAACAAUAAACAAUCUGGUAUUUUACUUUCUGAUCCAAACAACUUGUCAUGGUCUAGAAAUGAUUUUAAAUUUCUAGUUUUACUAAUUUACAAUCUGCAGUUAAUGUCUUCUCUGGAAUUUUUACACUUUGAGGACCGGAUUGGACCCUCUGGAGGACCGCUUUUGGCCCACGGGCCUCAUGUUGGACACCCCUGCAGUAGAAAACGAGCCAACAGAAGUAGUGUUGCUGUCGUAGAUGCAUGUCAGCUGGUAGACUGUAGAGAUGUUUGGGUUUUUUUUACCUCUGCUUUUUUGUUUUGUUUUUUAGAAAUGUGACAUUUUAAAUGAAAGUUUAAAUUAAAUCUGGAGUUUUUCCAUCGUAGGAAACACGAUAUCAGCGGCGUUAAAGUCUCAUCAGUGGAGAUAAAAGCUGAAAACAUGAGAUUCUAUCGUCUGUGGUUGUUGUUGGAGCUCAGAGCUGAUGGACUUUCCUUCCAUCAAUAGCGUUCCUCAUCUCGUCCAGCUGCUGACACAAAGACAUGGUUGUCCUCGAGGCGUCCGUCGCUGGCAGCUCCGGCUUCUGAUGCAAACCAACACGUCAAAAACUCUGCCAUCGUCACAGCUGGACAGAUGUUAGCGCCUCCUCUGGUUUCCAUGGUUACCCUCGGAUGACUUUCGUAAAGCCACCGGAGUGACUAACAGUUAAAAAAAAAAUGUCAAUGUUGAAAACUUGAAGAAAAACAAAUGUGACUUUCAUUUUUUCAUGUUUGUUUGUUUGUUUGUUUCCUUUUUCAUGAUGAUGAUUAUUUAAUAAAGUAUUUGAGCUGGAA